AUGUUAGAAAUUCGUUUGUAUGAAUUAUAUGAUUAUGUUACUCUAUUUCUUAUUGUUGAAAGUAAUCUAACAUUAAGUGGAAAACCAAAACCAUUGUAUUUGAAAGAAAAUUGGUCACGUUUUGCUCGAUAUCACAAUAAAAUACGUCGUGUUGAAAUGGAUCUUAUGAAUUCAAUCAAUAAGACAAUAGAUGCUUGGUAUAAUGAACGAACAAUGAGAAAUGAAGGAAUUCGAUUAGCUUUACCAAAUUCAAAAAAAGAUUUUUUAUUACUUACAUCAGAUUUAGAUGAAAUACCUAAAUUUCGUUUUAUUCAAGCUCUUGCUUCAUGUCAACUUCCUACACCAUUUCAGUCGCUCUUACUUCAAUGCGAUUUUUAUUAUUAUUCAUUUGAAUUUCGUCAUGCUCCUAAUCCUUAUUUUCCAGGUGUAACUGUUUCACGACUUAGUCCAAAUGAUAAAAUUCCAUUAAAUUUACGUGAAAGUCGUUUUCAAAAUCGUCCAAUGCUUAGUACAUGUUUUCAUUGUUCUUAUUGUUUUGAUCGUUUGGAAACAGUUCGACUAAAAAUUGCUUCAUUUUCACAUACUGACCUAGAUAUUCCUAAAUAUCAUGAUCAAAAACAUAUUAUUGAUUGUGUUCGGAACGGUAAAGAUCUUUAUGAUAGACAUAAUGAACAAUAUCGACGUGUUAAUAUUAAUGAAACUGAAUUACCUCGAUUAGUACAAGUUGAACAAGAACGUUUCGUAUACAUGUUGGAUAGAUCAUCGCCCAAUGCUGGCUUUCGAGAUGUUUAA